AUGUCGUCCGCAAAUCCGCAGAACGUGAUCCGCAGGAAGUUGGUCAUCAUCGGCGACGGAGCGUGUGGCAAGACCAGUCUUCUCAGCGUCUUCACACUUGGAUAUUUCCCAACAGUAGAUGCCAAGCCACCAACUGACGCGGAUCAGAUUCCGACCGUAUUCGAGAACUAUGUGACAGACUGCCGAGUCGAUGGCAAAUCGGUACAGCUUGCCCUUUGGGACACUGCUGGGCAAGAGGACUACGAGCGUCUACGGCCGCUGGCCUACUCGAAAGCCCACGUCAUUUUAAUAGGCUUCUCAAUCGAAUCACCCGAUUCGCUAGAUAAUGUGAAACACAAGUGGGUGGAAGAGGCCAAUCGACUGUGCGCAGACGUUCCCGUCAUCCUCGUGGGCCUGAAGAAAGACCUCCGCGAGGAUCCAGUCAUGAUCGAGGAGAUGCGCAAGAAAUCGAUGCGCUUCGUCACACCACACGACGGCGAGGCGGCGGCCCGCGAGAUCAAUGCCAAACGGUAUCUCGAAUGCUCUAGCUUGAGCGGCGAGGGUGUGGACGACGUGUUCGAAGCAGCCACCCGCGCCGCGCUAUUGACGUUUGAAAAGGGAGAGAGCACUGGAUGCUGCGUGAUUCUAUGA